GAUCAAAGUCGAUGUAACCCCGCCUGGUGCAUCAGGCUUGCGCUAUCAGUCGUGUUCUUGGCGAGCUUCGCACUGGUCAUUGGAAGUCUAUAAAGAGGUCCAUGAUGCUCGCCCUCUUGACAAAGUAUUUUGCUCAUCAUCCCGCUCCUGCUCCAGCAUCGCCCUCCUUCAGUUCCAGUCCUAGCAACCUCCUUCGAAGCCUCUGCUACCAGCCUUUACUCCUCCGCUGCCAGUUCCCCCCUUUUGACAAUCAGUCAAAACCAAGAUGAAGUCCACCUUUGCCGCUGCUGCCGUUGCCUUCGUGGCAUCUCUCGCCAUCGUCUCUGCCGCUCCCGUGGUCGAGCCUCGCGCCGCUCAAGUGCAGGUGCAAACCUGCAAGCCGACCUACAAGGGCAAUCUGGUCAUCCGUCACAAGGACGGCAAAGAUCAAACGCCCGUCGUGAUCAAGAACAAGAAGCUCUUUGCCGCUGUUGGCACCACCAAGCUUCCAGUCGUCUUCUCUGACUGCACCGAAUCGUUCCUUGGCUACUCCAACGCUCCUACUGGCGCUAUGGGCGGCUCCAUCACCUACGGUCACUUGGCACUGGCAAACUCAAACACUUGCAUCGCUACCGACGCUCGUCUGUCCGACGACUCUACUAGCGUGACCAACUUCAUCACAAAGGAUUGCGGAACGGCAGAGGACAGCAGCCGUCUCUUUGAUCAGUUCAAGAUCAUCUACACUGGCAACGACGCUAGGAUCGAGUUCGUCAAUGGACGCAAGGCGGACAACAAGAAGGACUUCCGUUACUUCAUCAAGAAGGACACUGGCGCCAUCACCGGCAGCCCGCGCGGAUCCAACGGAAGCACAUUCGCUCUGACGGACUUCAAGUACAUCGGCGGCCAGUAAAGGCGCAAAGCAUCCUCCGCCUAGCUGACUGCCAGGCUUUUGGCAACGAAAAUGGACACUUACACUUCUAACAACAGCGAACCUGUCAAAUCCUCCAACUUGCAAUGCCACAAUGCCACAGACG